AUGGCACAUCAUCUUUGGAAAGCAGCCGGCCUCUGGAAACCGUCAACAUCCUCUCUCCCAGCCACUUCACACCUCUUCUUCUCAUCAUGUUCUGCCAAUUGCUGGUCUUCUGACCCGGAGAAAGCCAAAGCAGAGAAGCAAAGAUAUCGUGAAUAUCGUGAAUGGUGUAUUCAGAAACGUCGCACUGAUCCGGAGUGGAAAAACAGAAAAAACCGAAUCGAGCGUGAAGCAAGAGCAAAAGCGCGGCAGUCUUGGUCCGAAGAACGUCUUGAGCGAUACCGCAAGGACAGCCGUGAGAGCAUGAAGAAAAGGUACGCCGAGAAUCCUCGGUUCAAGCUCCACCACAAAAUGGAUAUACUUUCGAGGCAAAGUCAGUGGGCUCGUGAGUGCUUGCCAUGGAAGAGCCACACGCCUGUUCUUUACGACAAGAAGGUCGAGCAUAUUUGUAGUAGCUGUCUGGUAUCCAGACAUGGUGGCGCUAAGUUAUGGUGGAAACGCCAUGAUGGCGAGGCUUAUAAAUGUGUCCGGUGCUAUUUCAAGAGCCCGGAUCCGAUGCCAGAAGGCUACGAAGACUGCAAGUCGGCAGCAGAGAUACGGGAGCGCAGCAAGGAGCUUGGGCAUGUGAAUCCGAGAAAAUAGGAAAGAGCAACCAUCGAUAAUGACAGACGCUGCUUGUGUGUGUCAACAGAAGGGACAAUCACAACCAUGGAAUCGAAAAACGUUUCAGCCCCC